AUGUCGCGCGCUUCCACACCACCGUCUCCGCUGGACGACGAAAAGCCCGGAGCUCUACCAGAAUUCCAACUGGAGAAUGAAGACUCAAACCCAACCUCAGACUCCGGUCGCCUCCAUGCCCUGGAACAACUAGAAAUCCUCCCCCAGAUCCUCAACGAGGGAAUCCUAUUCGCGGGCUCGGGAGCUGCGCUCCUGCUCCAAGCAGCCAUGCCAGCAAUCCGCACAGAGGAAAUCGACGAAAGUCCCAAAGACCUCGCAACAGAACUUCUCGAUGCCCUCCAAGCCCACCUAAGCUACAUCUCAAUCUUAGUCUUCGGUUCCAACGCAGAGCGCAAGACUCUCCUCAACCUCCUCAAACGAGGCGAAGCACCCGGUCUAGGCGGCGGACACAACAACCGUUUCGCCCACCACCCACCCCUACAGCGCUGGAUGGCUGCAACUCUCUAUGCAACCGCAACGGACUUCUACCAACGCGUGUAUGGCCGUGUGGACUACGACACCGCUCAGCGCGGGUAUGUGGAAUUUACCAUGCUGAUGAACUGUCUCGGUAUGCCAGCGGGUACUUGGCCGGAGACUCGGCAGGCGUUCUGGUCUUACUGGGAUGAUCAGGUUGCACAAUUGACUGUCUCGGAUGAUGCUGCCAAGUUCGCGAAAGAUUUGCAUGAGAGUAAGGAUAUGCCGAAAUGGGUGCAGAGGAUCAAGCCCUUUCUGCGGGUUGUCACUAUUGAGAUGUUGCCGCCGAAGCUUCGGGAUGCGUAUGGGCUGAAAUCUACUGCUGGAACGAGGUUUUUGUAUCGGACUUGGAUGGGAUUUUCGGUUGCGGUUUACCCUGCUAUGCCUAAUAAGAUGCGGGCUUAUCCGCUGCGAUACUAUCAGGAUCGUUUGCGUGAGAAGCUGAAUGUGGCUUAG